UUGUUUGCAUAUCUACGUUUAAUAGUAGCAGAAGCUGAGUAUACUUUAUCUUAUUUGGCAUAUUGAUAUUAUGCAUUAUCCUGGGGUUGUAUAUAUCUUAUUUGUCUUAUUUGGCAUAUCGAUGUUAAUACAACUUCGAGAUGCUGUGUUUACUUUUCCCCUAUAUGUCUUACCUGGUUAGAUAAAGGUAGUCAUGUGAUAUCAUUCUAUAUGUUAAUGCCGUAACCGCAAACACGUUAAAUGAUUGACAUAUAGUUCUGGUAAUUUAAAAGUAUGAGACACAUAUUAAGAAAGAAGGCAUUCAUCCUUGUAAAUACAACCGUGCUAGGUACAGUAUCAUCAAGAGUGUAAAUUAAAUGUCCACGUAUUUUGAUGAAACAUACUCCUUUAACUUACAUAUACCCCUACCUUAUGAUAUUAAGUGAUGGUCAUUUUAGAGUCAGCAACAUGACAGGAAAGAGCAAGAUAUGUACGCUGGUGCUACUACUGUACGUGACAGAGGUCGCUGGAGCGAUGGUCAAUAAUUCUGAAUGUCCUGUCAUUUUGGAGACGUCUAAUGGGACCACAGGCCCCAAACCUGUCCUAGAGAAACACGAGUCAGCCUUGCUAAUACUCCUUGGAUUCGGUGGGUUCUCCGUCAUUCUUGCUCUGAUACACAACGCAAUAAGGAAGCACGUCUUUCAUGAUAAAAACAACCUUGACACGACCUUUGACGCUGGAGGUGAUGUGAGUACCAGUUUGACGGCCGUCACUGUAGCAUCACAGUUGUUUUGGCCUGCUGACAUCCUCCAGAGUGCAACUAUAACAACGAAGAUUGGAAUCGCUGGACCGUUUUGGUAUUCUGUGAGUGUCAUUCUUAACAUUUUCAUCUUUCCCAUCUUCUCCGUUUAUUUCAAAACAAGAGCGCCUGGAGCAAAAACCUACCUACAGAUCAUUAAUGCUAGAUUUGGUAAGAAGGCCCACAUAGUAUUUUGCUGCUUUGCACUCGUCACUAAUAUGGUUAUCAUGACAGCUUUACUGUUGGCGGGAAAAUCAACCAUCCAAUCACUGACCAAAGACAUUUCAGAUGAAUACAUCCUUCUCAUCAUGGCCACAUUGUUUGGAUCCUAUUCCCUGAUUGGUGGAAUUGGAACAACGUUUUAUGUGUCUUAUUUCAACGCCUGUCUCAUUUUCAUUUCAUUGGCUGUUUUCAUUGUGAAUGUUCUACAUAAUAAUGAUAGUGAUAACAAGAACAUAGGCAACGCGGCCAGAAUGUACAAUGUAGUUUCGUGUGUACAAGGACCUGCUGAAAACACCGGAAGUAGUUUUCUGACCUUCCGGUCUGGGGUUGGAAUAAUCUAUGGCGUGGUAGGUUUCUUUGCAGCAUCUGCUGUCACCUACUGCGAUCAAGCUUCUUGGCAGAGUAGGAUUGCAGCCAAACCGAUGCAGGGCGUUUGGGGAUUCAUCCUGGCCGGCUUUAUGUGGUUAGCUAUUCCGUCUACAAUGGCGACUACCACAGGCAUAGCUUACAUAGCUAUAAGUGCCGAAAACAGUACACACUUGUUGACACCUGACCAAAUUGAUCACGGACUGGUUACACCGUUUAUUGCUGAGAAACUUCUUGGACCGACGGGGGGAAUCAUGAUACUUACAAUCCUGUCCAUGGCCCUAAUGUCCACAGGGUCCGGGGAAGUGAUGGCCAUCUCGUCUAUCAUCGUUUACGACAUCUACCAGAUCUACGUCCGGCCCUUCCGUAAGGGUCUGCCAGGAACACAUUGCAUCUUGUGUGGUAAGCAUGUGAGACUCCCGAAGUCGGACAUCCUGGUCCCACUGACAACCAACACCAAUUCCAAAGAGGACUCCGACACUCCGGCGUCAGAUAACACACAUUGUGACUGUCAACCUGUCGCAAACUGCCACCAAUGUGACGAAGACAUGCGCAGAUGUGCAGUGAAAAGAACAUAUGACGCCAUUCCACUGCACAGAUGUACUGUACACGGUCAAUACCGGACGUACCAGAAUGUCCUGAUGGACUUCAAGAACUGGUGUAUCGUGUGGGUGACUGUCGGUAUCAUACCGUUCGGAAUGAUUGUAUUUGCGAUAGGUAUAGAUCUCAAUUGGAUAUUCUACGUGGGCGCUAUUGUCACCAUACCCUGCUAUCCGGCUGUCAUUUUAUCUAUUGUAUGGGUUAAAGCGACCUCUCAGGGACUUAUAGCAGGGGGAAUACUCGGUCUUUUGAUCGGUUUAGCUGCCAUGCUUGGUACUGCAUCAACGUACGAGGGAGGCUUGAACAACUUCCUUCUUAACACAUCACAAGACUACUCCAUUUUGGCGGGAUCUUGUUGCAGCUUUGGCUUCAGUUUGGUUGGUUGUAUGAUAGUGUCCUUUUAUACUCAUACGAUUAAAACAGAUGCUGACGCUGAUGCUGAAUGGAAGAAAAUAUUCGACAUUGAUAACCCACUUCACCCAUGGGAACUGAAUCUUCGACAGGAUCUUAAACAACAUGUAUACGACAAGAAGCCAUCAUACAAUCAAGUUGAAGCUACUUUUCGAAAGGCCAAAAUAACCGCCUACGUAUGUGGAGGUUUGAGUAUUUGCCUGGUUACCUUUGUCAUUCCUGGUAUCAUGGCUUCUUUCCCCGUCCUCAAUGAGACUCAAUUUGAGAUUUGGGUUGGUUUGACUCAAGCAUGGGCUGUCGUCAUGGGAGCUAUUGCAAUUGUAGCGCCUCCUGUAGAGGAAAUAUUAAACAUCCGGAAACAAUACCGUAAAAACAGAGAGCAUGGGAUUCCAUAUCCAAUCUAGGAAUUAUUUACUUAUUGAAGUCUGCAAUAAUUGAAAAACCAUAAAACGUUAAUAUUAUCAUACAAAAACAAAACCUAUUUAUUAUACCAGAAAAGACGAAAUCCUUUUGAAGAUAAUAUCUACAGAUUAUAAUUAUAUAUAUAAACAAAAUAUACACGAGAAAGGAACAAGUUUGUGUGAGGGAAAAAACGUAUGGUUGUGUGAGGGAAACGUUAAAAGGUAUGGUGGUGUGAGAGAAACUUAAUGAAUAGGUAAGAUUGCGUGUGGGAAACAAUGUGAAAAGGUAUGGUAUUUUGAGGAAACAUGAUAAAUAAUAUGGUUGUGUGAGGAAAACAUAAUAAAAAUGUAUAGUUUUGUGAAGGAAACAUAAUUAAUUGGUAGUGUUUUGUGAGGGAAACAUUAUAUAAAUGCUACAUACAUUAGAGUCUGACAGUGACCAGGGUCACCCCGAGGGUUAGUCCGAAUUAUUCUGACGUUUUAUCGACUUUUUUAUCGG